GUCAACAGAGAAGCGAUGGCCGACCGCAAGUUCACGCGACUUAAGGCCAGUUUAUCGGAAACUGCGGCCAAAACUCGGGAAAACGUUUCGCGAGAAUUGCGCCAAUCAUUGGUGACGGAAACGGAGAACGAAUCGAACGAAGAUUUUGACGAAAACUUUGAACUCUUUUUCCAACAAAUCGAAGAAAAUUCGCUUUCGAUUCCAGAAAACGACUUAAAAAUUGACGUCAUUCCGGCGCACGAGACGCGAGCGGUGGACACGAGCGGCGGCUCUGCGUUCGCGCGCACGUGUUGUUCGUAUUUGACGCGCGAGCGAAGAGUUCUUUGCAACGAGAAUUGCUUUCUCUCGUUCUUCAGAGACCGGAAACGACAGCAACUGAUUUGGUCGCAGGAAGUGACGUCACGCGCCGUCAAGAAGGACGCGAAUUGCAUUCAGAUUGACUGCCAUUGCAUAGAGUUGGGCGCCGAUGACGUCAUCGACGACUGGAUCGAAGAGAUGAACGAAAACCGUUUCGACGCAAAGAAAACGCUUCAAAGAAUCCGUUUUCCCGAAAACCCAGAACUCGUGUCGAAGGCCAACAUCUUCGGCGCCUUCGCAGACCUCAGCGCUCGCAAGGGUUCGUUCGCGCGCUUACGGGAGCCGGAAGUGAAGCGCGGUGCGGGCGCGUGCGCAGUGGUGGUCUCUUCGGCGCGCCUGGAAGUGAACGCGAAAACGGAAACGCUUUUCUCCAAGAUUUGUAAACGACUUGUAUCUCGUGACGCGCGUCGAGAAGAGCUCGUGUCACAAACAGCAGCACCGGGAGCCGCUGGGAUGGAGCGCGCGCCCGCUCUAUCGCGCUUCCGCCUCCAAGUGGACGACGGCAAUAGAAACGACUUGUAUCUCGUGACGCGCGUCGAGAAGAGCUCGUGUCACAAACAGCAGCACCGGGAGCCGCUGGGAUGGAGCGCGCGCCCGCUCUAUGGGGGAGAUGGGCAACUGCUGCGCGGCCCCCUUUCCACCCCUCUGUUCCGAUUGGACGCGAACCGCAUUUCCGACGAAUACAUCCAAUCGUGUCUCAACAACCACUCGUUGAUGCGCACGACAAUAGGGGCGCAACUGGUGCUGGAGGUGGACGACGCGGACUGCGCAGCCGCGGCCGUGGAGAGCCUGCAGCCCGACGUGCAGCCCAUCGCGCGCUUCCUGCACGCGCUCUUCGUGUUCCCGCUUUCGCUGAAGUACGACUCGCAGCGCGUGUUCCCCAAAGCGCGAAACAUCGAGUGCGAGCUCCAACUCAGGGAUUCCGACGCCGCCGACGCGCGCCCUCUGGCGGCGCUGCUGUGCGACGACGCGACGACGCUCGGGACGUCGGCGACGACGGCUGUCGCGCGACACAACGCGAACCCAGAGUUCAACGAAGAGUUUUUGGUUUCGCUUCCGAUCGCGAGGAAAGAGAAACUUCACCUAUUGUUCAACUUCUUCCACAUCUCGUGCAAGAAGGAAUGCACGCGCACUCCCGUCGGCCACGCCUGGCUCCCGCUGCGCGGCCACGUGACCAGCCAGCAGGUGGCGCUCUCCGUGUUCGGCUCUCUUCCCGCCGGUUAUCUCUCGUGUCAGGCGCUCGGAUUGGGCAAAGGGCUGUCGAUGCCAGACACGCGCUUUGUGGCCAAGGACGCGUUCAAGGUCGCGCUCAGACUCUGCUCUUCGCUCCAAUCACGUGACCCGAGCCUCGAGGCGGCGUUGGAGACGUUCGCGCGCAUCAACCGCGAAGAGUCCUCUGCCGUCCGAUUGGUCGCUUUGGAGAGCGCGAGGAAACACUUGAAAGCGCUGCUCUCGUGUGACGUCACGGAACUGAUUCGCUUCUCGCCAAUCAUUUUGCAG